AUACAGGGCAAAUUAUUUAACCGUCGAUUUCGAGGACCACAUGAUGCUACUGUACAUUUUUCGCUUUGGAUUGAGAUAAAUUUCCUUUCAUUUACAAUCUUCAAGUCAAUAGAAUUAAUUAAACAGAAAAUGUCGCGGGUCGGUGAUUGAAAUGGUGAGAACUACCUUCAAGAUCGGUUCGUUUAGGAACUGUAAUAUCGAAACGUUGGACGCCUUGAUUUGCACGAUAACAGAUAAGAAUUGAUAAGAAUAUCCAAUAAAUGCUGACAGAAAAGAAAUUUCCUCUUUGAUGUUGUACAAAAAGUGAACGAUAACCAGCAAUUAGUACGAUUUCGGGCUUGCGACUAUCUUAUCGUAAUUAUUCAUUAGUGAUGGCUAAGCUACCAAAGGUUGAUAUCGUCAAUGCUACUGGAACCCAUACCGCCAGCUUAUUUUUUUUUCAUGGUUCAGGGUCUACAGGGAGUGAUAUAAAGAAAUGGAUUGAUAGCCUCAACAGAGAAGAAUUGAGGUUCCCACAUACAAAAAUUAUUUAUCCCACUGCACCCUAUCAGCCCUAUACCCUCAAUAAUGGAAUGCCUAGUCAUGUUUGGUUUGAUCGCAAGGGUUUAUCUAGGGAAGUGCCGGAGGACAUAGAGUCAAUAGACCCAAUGUGUAAAACUAUAGUAGAAUUGAUUGAUAAUGAAACUUCCAAAGGGAUUCCAGAUAAUAGAAUUGUAGUAGCUGGUUUUUCAAUGGGAGGGGCACUGUCAAUGUAUUUAUCAUACAGAUUUAGAUUAACCUUAGGAGGAUGCUGUGCCAUGUCUAGUUUCCUUAAUAAAAAUACAUUAGUGUAUCAGAGUUUGAAAGAAAAUCAAGGAAGGAGAGUACCACCUCUUCUCCAGUUCCAUGGUACCAGUGACACACUAGUCCCAUUUCAAUGGGGUGAGGACUCUUCUAAUGAUGUGAAAGAUCUUGGAGUGAACGUUGAAUUUAUACCAUUGCCCAAUGUAGAUCAUGAGUUAAGCAGAGCUGGUAUAGAAACCUUCAAGAAAUGGCUUCUGAAUAUUUUACCAGAGUAAUGUUUGUCUGUUGUUGUAAAUUGUAAAUAAUAAAUUUACAUAUAACUCUGUGAAA